AUGCCUCCCCCGGGCCGCACGGUGGCGCUGCGACUCCGCGGAGACCGAGCGGUGGCGGGCGCGCUGGACACUCGCGCGUCUGGGACCAUUGGAGCGGCGACGGCGGCGGCGGCGGCGGCGGCGAAGACGACAGCGGCAGCGGCGGCGUUGGCGCGCGGGACGGCCGCGGCCUUCCCAGCUGGCACGCUGGCCCUUCUCCUGGACGGAGUCUUCCUGUCGGCGGCCGAGAAUGACUUUGUGCACCGGGUUCGGGAGGAGCUGGAGCGCUUCGCGCUGCAGAAGCAGCUGUCCAAGGUCCUUCUUUUCCCCCCAGUCUCCAGUCGCCUUCGGUACCUGACCCAUAGGACCGCAGAGAGUUUUGAUCUGUUGAGCAGCUUCUCUGUAGGGGAGGGCUGGAAACGGAGAACUGUCAUCUGUCACAAGGACAUCAGGUUACCCAAUUCAGAAGGCCUUUCUGGCCCCUGUUGCCCUCCUGCCUCUCGGCACAACAAGUAUCGAAGUUCUCGACCGUCCUCAAAUCAGGGAGCAACUGCCAGUCCCCGAGGGGCACGGGCUGGCCGGUGGCAGCGAGGACGCAAACCUGACCAGGCUUUGUAUGUGCCCCGGGUGCUGCGUUGCCAAGAAGAUGGUGCACCACCCGCCACCCCAAAGCUCGAGGAACAUGAGCUAGCUAGCGGGCAUCUGGUGGAGCCUGGAGAUAUUGGUGCUGGGGACUCCAUUGCUGAUCAAGAACAACCCGUGCUGGUGUCUCAGGCAGUAGAGGACCAGAAGGACCCGAGCCAAAAUGUGGAGCCUGAACCACUAUCAGAACCACUCUGUGCUGAGCUCCCGGAGCCUGAGACUCUCUUGGAGACAGGAAACCAGCUGGAAGCAGCCACACAGUCUGGAGCCGGUCUGCAACUGGACUCAGAAGAGGGCAAUGGCAGUGAUCAGGAGAAGAGCCCAGUGGCAGAGGAGGAGGAAGAGGAAGGGCCUGGUUCUGAAGAUGAUUACAAUGAUCUACUGCAGGAAAUAACUGACAACCUGACCGAGAAGGAGAUUCAAGUAGAGAAGAUCUACAUGGACACCUGUGCUGCUGUUGAGGAGCUGCCUGGAGAGAAGGAUUUUGCCCAUGUGGUGGAGAUCUAUGACUUUGAGCCAAAACUUAAGACUGAGGACCUGCUGACAGUAUUCUCAGAAUUCCAGGAGAAGGGAUUCAAGAUCCAGUGGGUGGAUGACACACACGCACUUGGUGUCUUUCCUUGCCUGGAGUCAGCUACCGAAGCCUUGACCAGAGACUUCUCCGUGCUCAAGAUCCGGCCCCUCACUCAGGGAACCAAGCAGUCGCGGCUGAAGGCCCUGCAGAGGCCCAAGCUCCUGCGCCUGACCAAGGAGAGGCCGCAGACCAACACAGUGGUGGCCCGGCGGCUAGUGGCACGUGCACUGGGACUCCAGCACAAAAAGAAAGAGCGGCCCUUGGUCGAGUCUCCUAACAAGCCGCCCUGCCAGCCUGCCAGCCCCGAACAGAGCCAGGAGUGAGUGGGGUCCUCACAGCAGCCUGUAGGCUCCAUGCUGCCCUUGCCAGCCUGUGCUGGGAUUCCCUUGUUCUAGUUUGAGAAGUUGAGAAAAAAUAAAAACUUGAACCGUA